GCGCUCCCCGCAGGUGCAGGAGGGUGCGGGGGACCCCUACAGCCGGGGGUUCCCCUCCUUCACCGACCGGGCCCCCCCCCGCCGCCCCCCGGGGGUGCCCCCCAUCCCCGUCCACCCCCUCAGCGCCAACACCGCCGCCCGCCUCCUGCGGGUGUUGGGGGCUCCUCAGGCCCCCCCCCCACUGGGGUCCCCCCCCCCUCCCGGGGGCUGCGGUACCGGCCGGGCGCGGGGGGGCGGCGGCUGCGGCUCAGCGUGGCCCCGGGGACGGCGCCCGGGACCCUCACCAGCGUCUUCGGGGCCCUGGAGGGGCGGCUGGAGCCCGACUGUUACGUCAUCGUGGGGGCGCAGCGCGAUUCGCUGGGGCCGGGGGCGGCGGCCUCGGGGGUGGGCACCGCCCUCCUGCUGGAGCUGGCCCGGCUCUUCGCCGCCAUUGGGCGGGACGGGUUCCAGCUCCGCCGGACGCUGCUCUUCGUCAGCUGGGACGGGGGCGAGUUCGGGCACUUGGGGGCCACCGAGUGGCUGGAGGGUUACCCCGACCUCCUCCACACCAAAGCCGCCGCCUACAUCAGCCUGGACCAGGCCGUGCUGGGUGACGACCGUUUUGUGGCCAAAACCAGCCCGAUGCUGGUCAACCUCCUGGAGAGCGCCCUGGGCCAGGUGGAGAGCCCCAACGAGGGCGGGAAAAGCCUCUUGGAGGCGGUGACGCGGCCGGGGCGGGGCUGGGAGAGUGACGUGAUCCGGCCGCUGCCCCCCGAAAGCGGCGCCUUCCCCUUCACGGCCGCCGCCGGCGUCCCGGCCCUGGAGCUCGGCUUCGACGAGGCGCCGGGGGGGUGGUCGCGGGCGGCGCUGGGGACACGCGAGGACACGCUGGGGCGGCUGCAGGGGCGGCUGCGGGGGCGGCUGCCGGCGGUGGCCCGAGCGGUGGCCGCGGUGGCCGCCCACCUCCUGCUGCGCCUGGGCCACGACGCCCGGCUGCCCCUCGACCCCGGCGCCCUGGGGGACGCGCUGCUGCGGCGCCUGGCGCCCCUCCAGGGCCGAGGGCUGUCCCUGCAGUCCCUGUCCUCGGCCCGCGGGGACGUCGUGCGAGCGGCCGAGAGGCUGCGCCGGGAAAUGGCCGGCUCCGACGGCACCAACGAGCGGCUCAACCGCGGCUUCAACACCCGCAUCAUGGCCGCGGAGGCCUCGCUCCUGUCCCCUUUCGUGUCCCCCCUGGUCACCCCCUUCCGCCACGUGCUGCUGGGCCGGGGGGGCCACACGCUGCCGGCGCUGGCGGCCCAGCUGGGGAGGGGACAGGGCUGGGGGACGCGGGGGGACACCCGCCACCUCCGCCUGCGCCUGGCCCUGCUGACCUGGACCCUGCAGGGGACGGCCGGGGCCCUGGCCGGGGACGCCUGGGACCGCGGGGACAUCUGGGGGCGGGGGGACAUGGGGGACCGGGGGGACAUCUGGGACCUUGGUGGCUCUGGGGACACUGGAGACCGUGGGGACAACGGGGACAUUGGAGACCGUGGGGACACCAGGGACCGUGGUGCCCUUGGGGACAAGGGGGACACCUGGGACUAUGGGGACACCUGGGACUAUGGGGACCAUGGGGACACCUGGGACCGUGGUGGCCUUGGGGACAACGGGGACCAUGAGGACACCUGGGACCGUGGUGGCCUUGGGGACCAUGGUGACACCCAGGAUCAUGGUGGCCCUUGGUGACACCUGGGACUGUGGGAACACCUGGGAUCAUGGUGGUCUUGGGGACACCUGGGGUUGUGGUGGCCCUUGGGGACCUUGGGGACAGCUGGGACCGUGGUGGCCUUGGGGACCUUGGGGACAGCUGGGGUUGUGGUGGCCCUCAGGGACAACGGGGACAGCUGGGACCAUGGGGACACCUGGGACCAUGGUGGCCUUGGGGACACCUGG